AAUGGGUUUAUAAUUUGUUGUUAAUUUUUGUUGAUGGAUCAGUUAGAUUCAAGUUACCAGACGAUACUCAAAAUUCUGGCGAAGAAAUAAUUUUUGGUUGCUAAAACUGUUUACAUUUUAUCUUUACACAAUCAUCGGUCAUCAGUUUACUCUCUUUGUUUCAAACCUUUGAGUCAUGUUAGUUUUCUUAAAACCAUUGUUGAUCCUUUUGAUUGCCAUAACUGAUUACCAAUGUUCAGCAUCAUUUUGGCCACCAAUUUUCUAUUCUUUUAACAGAGAUACUUCAACUUCUUCACCUAAAGCCACAGGUAUCAAAUCAAUUCUUGAUCCAUCAACUUGGAAAAAAACAUCGACUGCAACUGUUAACCCACCAUAUGCCCCUCUUCCACCUCCACCACCAGCUAAUUCCCCAUCGACUCCAAUAAACGUUUCAACACCAACGAUAGCUGUGUCUCUACCAUCUGUUUACUCGUCUAACCCUCCACCACCUCAGACAUCGAUCACUUAUCUAUCCAGCCCAGGAACUUACCCUUCUUCACAUGAUUGGCGUCUUUCUAAUCAGUAUCCAUCUCGGAGUCCACCAGCAGAAACGAUUAAUAAUCAACCAAUUGAUUUGGCUAUUGCUUGUAGAUUUGCAUCGAUUUAUAGACCCAGCUCUACAGGAUUAUAUUCAUCUCCAACAUCGCCAUUACCUUCUCAUUUGUCAUUACACCCUCCAUCGACAUAUUCCCAUUAUCCUACUUCUCAUUUAUCAUCCCCAACAAUUCCUAGUUCUAGUUCACCAUCAUCGACAGGAUCUCCACAUUCCUAUGUUGGAUACCGCUAUUUUGGGUAUCCAUGUGUUAUACCAUCAACAAUAUUACCAGAACAUUUGCCUAAUCUAUUACCUUAUCAACAAGUGCCAUUAGCAUCAGAUGCGACACCAGUAUGGUCUCUGCCUCCUCUAAUCUCACCUCUGACACCUUUAUCACUUUUUCCGGUGGUUAACAAAAUGGAUGAUGACUCGCCCCAAAAGAGUUGGACACAUGAAUCAUCCGAUUCUGAAAACUCGCCAUCAGAUCAUCCGUCGCAAUCGAGUCACCACUCUUCUCACAUGCAUAGAUCUGCUCGAGCAGUGGCCGAGUUAUCUGGUCCUUCUGGAGUAACUGGAACCGUUGUUUUCACUCAAAUUGGCCAUCAUCCAGUUUCGAUGGAAGGUAAAGUAAUGGGACUGGCUCCUGGUCCUCAUGGUUUGCACAUUUACGAGUUGCCAUUUAUUGCUGGGGAUUGUACAACUGCUGGUGAUCAUUAUAAUCCCAAGAAAACUGAACACGGAGGAAAAAAUGAUUGGAAUCGUCACAUUGGAGAUUUGGGAAACAUUUAUGUUUAUUCCGAUGGAGUUGCUUUUUUUGAAGAAAUGGAUUUACAAAUCAGUUUACACGGAGGCCAUUCAAUUGUUAAUCGCACUCUAGGUAUUUCCGAAAAGGCUGACGAUCUUGGUCGCGGAAAUGAUUUUCAAAGCAAGAAAGAUGGCAAUGCAGGAACUCCUAUUGCGUGUGGAAUCAUCCACUUGCGUCCAAUUUAAAAAUUAGACCAAUAAGAAUUGAAAUUAAAUUUUGAUUCAUAUACUAAAUUACAUUAUCAAGUCUCUAAUUUUGUAAGAAGAGUUUAAACAAAUCAUCAUCAUGUAUUUAGCAUAAACAUUUCACAGCCUGAGGAAUUAAGUUAUCGCUGAAAAAAUUCUGUGUCUAUUUUACCCGUUUAGAUUAGUUUAACAUUCCAUAAUGAAAAGUGAAGUAAGCUUAGAUAACUUGAUUUUUUCAGAUUGAACAAACAAUUAAGGUUUUCGGACAUGGCCGACUCUGAAUACCUUGUAAACAAAAAUACAAAAAUUGUAAAACAUUUCGUUUUUAUUUCUUUUAAUGUUUGAUAUUGCAGUGAGAAUUCAAUUUAAAGUAAAUUAUUAAGCUGAGGCUUUUGGUCGGACAUGAACUGAUUCAAUUUUACUUUAAAUAUGUUAGUAAGCUUAACCAGAUUAUAAUCAGCUUACAAUUGUUAGUCUAAACUUCGAGAAAUUCACAUUAAAAUACACGAUGUAUGAUCGAAAGUAGCUUACUCUUUAGCGCCCUCUAUACACACGAAGAUGCACGAACUGCUCAAACGCAAAUUUAAAAAUUUGCAGCCGUUGGAUAAAAUAUGUUUAUUGAUGUUUUCAUUGUGUUUACUUUGACUUGGUGUACAUAAUUUAUAUUUGUGAUAAUUAAUCGUGAUAUUUAUUGUUUCUGCAUUUUCAGUGUUUACUUCCACAGUCAUCUCUUCCUUCUUAAGUAAGAAAUUUCAUCGUUCUAUUUUGACUAUCUCUACAUUCAACAAAAAUGGCGCGUACAGUGCAACAAGUCAACAAGAAGAAACAGAAAAAGCUUUUACCAAAAUUCACCAAGAAAACCACAAAACGUACCAAACCCGGAGUAAGAUCAUUAAGAGAGAUAAAAUUUUAUCAAGCAUCUACAAAUUUAUUGUUAAGAAAAAGACCAUUCAUGAGACUGGUUAGAGAAGUUACCCAGAAAUUGUCACUGCAAGCUCAUUUCUGGCAAUUAACAGCUCUCGAAGCUCUUCAAGAAGCCGCAGAAACAUAUUUAACUCAUCUAUUUGAACAUUCAAAUCUCGCUGCCAUCCAUGCCAAAAGAAUUACAGUAUUUCCUAAGGACGUACAAUUCAUCUUGCGAAUCAAAGAAGAUGAUUUAUAAAAUGAAUGAAUGAAGAGUUGACCAAAAAAGGAAUCAUAUGUAUGGAUUGAAAUUUCCCACAAAAUUAUAACUUAUUUUGCUCUAAAAUGAAAAUAAGACAAGUUUAUUUUACAACAAUUAAAUCAAUUUUUUUGGUAAAUUA